CUCUGCUGUGCGGCGCAGUGCGUACAAAACGAAUAGCUCUAGCCGAGCGCGAAUCGGCGCAACCCAAGGGAUCUUUUUUUUCGUUCAGGCAUGUUCGAGCACCCUGAGGCACGAGGACCGAGGACCGUGAAACGUCUUCACCGCGGCUUCGUUGCGCGGUGUUUUCGGUCUGAGAUCAACGGUCGAUCCAAGACAACCGCGUCGGUGGUGCUUUCUCUCUCUCUCUCUCUCUCUCUCUCUCCCUCUCUCUCUCUCGCGCGCGCGCGUUUAAACAUUCCGAUUUUGACACUCAAUCGCGCGUCGUGUUCAUUAGGGUCGCAUACGUCCAAGUUUACACCGUCGACUGUGAACCGAGCGUCUCGCACUGGCUUGGAAUGAUAUUGCAUGCUCUCACAGUUUCGCGUUGCGACACCCUCGCAAAUGACGCAGACUCUGCUACUACCAGGUUGAAACCACCAGAAACCACCAGACGCUCGUCCCGUCGCGUUCGAGGACAUGAGGAAUAACGCGACGACGGCCGCCUUCCGUCAUUGAUCCUCGAUGAAUAUCUUCGACGAACGAGCACGUAUACGCUGGAAGCAUUCCUCGCUGCUUUUCUCGUUCUACUCGAAAGAUCGAUGAAUGCAGCCGAGUCUGUCUCGUGGCAAGUCUUGCGAGAUUAUCGUCGGAUUGACCAAGAAAUCGCAACGGAUACGUAACAAUAAGCUUUCCAUCAAGACUGCCAAUGUAAGACUGAUGUGUAGCAUAAUCAUCUUUGAUGUCAAGUACGGUCUGCAUCAAUGGGAAACUGUUUUUCGUGCUUCAAGGUGCCACUUCCACCAUCGACCAGUACUAAUCAAUCAAUUGCAUUGGAACGUAAAGACGAAACAAUGGAACUCAGAGGUUUGUUCCCAAAUUCUUGUCAAUCUGGUUCUUUUGUGCCUGAAACACAUGCAAAUGGAAACAGGAAAUCUAUGAAUACACUAUCCACAUUUAAUAAUGUAGGCUCAGAUAAUUGUGGAUCUGUAUCUAAUAUUCAAAGUACGCUGCGCUUAUCGCGAGGGUUCUAUGCGCGAUUACAACCAUUAGGACGAUCCAGUACAUCGUCAGGUCUUAAUUUAAAUACUGAACUUAGGCAGCAAAGGGAACCGUCGGAAAGCAAACUAAACGCUCUCUUUGACCAAUACAAGGAUCCCCAUGAAGAUGUAAUAUUACCUGAGGGUAUAGAAAGACUCUGUGAUGAUUUACAAUUAUCACCCGAUGAAUUUAAAAUACUUGUGCUCGCAUGGAAACUAAAUGCGGAACAAAUGUGCCAAUUCACGCGCCAGGAAUUUGUCACGGGAUUAAAAGCGAUGAAGGUUGAUAGUAUACGCGGUAUACAGGCACGGUUGCCUGAAAUCGUUCAAGAAUUGACGAUCAAUAGUGAUUUGUUCAAGGAUCUCUAUCGAUUCACAUUCCGAUUUGGUCUCGACGUGAUAUCUGGUCAAAGAAUCCUACCAGCUGAUAUGGCGAUUGAUCUUUGGAGACUCGUUUUCACGAUACGUGAACCUCCGCUCUUAACGAGAUGGCUAAACUUUCUACAAUGUCAUCACAUCCGAGGGAUACCUAGGGACACUUGGAAUAUGUUCUUAAACUUUGCCGAGAGCAUUGGAGACGAUCUUGGUGCUUAUGAUGAUGCGGAAGCAUGGCCAAGCUUAUUUGAUGACUUUGUAGAAUAUGAAAAUGACCAAAUGAACCAAAAUAUCACUAAAGAUGACAUUAUGAAAGAUACUUCUUUUGACAAAGCUUAAUAAUGUUUUUGUUAUGAAAAAUAACAGUAAAGCGAAAGGUAUCUUUAAAUCUGAUCUUUGAAUCAUCUGACAUUCUGCGAUCGACAUUUUAUUCUUAUCAGUAUCAUCAAGGAAGCAAUACUUUUGAUUAUUAUAUAAUUAUCCUUUUUUAACAUCCACUUGUUAUUGCGUCAUUUUGUUCAUAUUCGGUAUUCUAUUUCCUAAUAUAAAUAUACUUUAUUAUGUGUAAUAUUUAAUUUUGUGUACGUAUUUGCGCGCGCGCGCGCGUGUGUGUGUGUGUGUGUAUAAAUGAGAAAUCUAUAUUACAGAUUUUAAUGCUAGUGGCAAAUUACAUAUUAUCAUGUGUUUGUUUUAUAUGAACAAAGUAUCAAAGUUGUGUAUUUUUACAUUUUGUCUGACCAUAAUGAAAUAUGUCUAACGACAUGUUAUGUUCUAUGCAAUUAAUAAUAAAAUUGCUUAUAAUAAUGAGCGUGAUAAAUAAUCGUAUCGAGAGAUAUAAUUGUGCUUAUUUAUUGUGUGGGAGCUACAUGAAAGCGCGAUACUAGAUAGAUUAUUAUCCGUUUUACGGAAUGUUAUUUUAUAGAAAAUCUAUCUAGAAUGCAUACAAAUAAUUGCAUAAGAUUAUUGCUUUUUUCAUUAAGUUGUGAUAUGUAUAAAAGUGUAUUUUUAAAUUAUAUAUAUUAAUAUACUGUGAAAAAAGAUAAAAAAUUAUAAAAUUUUGAUACAGCAAUGAAUAAAAUUAUAGCUUUAAAAAA